AUGGAUUCUUUGAAUUUCGGUACGAUAGCGUCAUAUUAUAAUAUCAGUCAGACCACAAUAGAGCGUUUUAGCUCUUCUGUGACCUCCCAAACAAAUUUAAAUGGCUUGCUGGAAAUAUUGGCGUCCGCAUCAGAGUUUGAUCACCUGCCAAUACGACCAGGUGAAGAAGAAUCGAUAAAAAGGUUGAUUCAUCAUCUGCCAUUCUCUAUUGAGAAUCCGAACUACACAGAUCCUCAUCUAAAAGCUAAUGCUCUUUUACAAGCCCAUCUGUGUAGGCGAAUGGUGGUUGGAAAUCUUGUAUUUGACCAGCGAGAGGUGAUUCUUUCUGCUACUAGGUUGGUUCAAGCAAUGGUUGAUGUUAUUUCCAGUAACGGUUGGCUUAGUCUAACACUUGUAACGAUGGAGGUAUGCCAGAUGGUGACACAGGGGUUAUUGCAUCGUAACUCGAUGCUCCUCCAGCUUCCUUACUUUACAGAGGAAUUGGUUAACAAGUGCCAAAAAAAUCGUAUAGAGACGGUGUUUGAUUUAGCGGAGAUGGAAGAUGAUGACAAGUGUAAGUUAUUGCAUAUGUCGGAUGUGCAGGUUCGGCAUAUUGCCCGUUGCUGUAACCAGUUUCCAAUCAUUCAAUUGAAGUAUAAUGUGGUGGAAAAUCAUAAUGUGAGUGUGCAGGUAACCCUUUUGCGAGAUACAGAAGUUGGACCUGUUAUUGCACCUCGAUAUCCCGGAACGAAAGAGGAGGAAGGAUGGUGGCUUGUUAUUGGGGAUACAAUGAGCAACCAAUUACUGGCCAUUAAGAGAGUUACACUCCAAAGGAAAUCUAAAGUGAAGCUGGAUUUUGCUGCCCCUGCUGAAGCUGGAACAAGGAACUACACACUCUAUUUCAUGUGCGAUUCUUACAAGGGUUGUGACCAGGAAUACAAAUUUACUCUUUGA